UCCUGGAAUAACCCGUCCAAGGAGGUUGAGCCGAAAUGAAGAUUCAAUUCCUUCUAUUUUGUGUUUUGUGCGCGGUUGAAGGGCAGAAUUACGUUCCGGUGAUUAAAAACGGAGUUCCGGUUGAUACACCGGAAGUGCAAGCGGCCAAAGCGGCGCACUUUGAAGCCUACGAAAGGGCCAAAAUACUAGCAGCGAAGAGACCCUCAACCGGAAAAUAUAGAGAGUACAAAGUAGCAAAAAAUCAACAACAACAACAAUAUCAACAACAAAGAUACUACCAACCAGCCCAUUAUGAAAAUCACGUGAUUUAUGAAGAACCUCAGCACCACUACGCCCUGGCCGCCUAUUCCUCGGAAAUCCCGACGGAGUUCCACCACCCCCGGGCCCGCCGCUCCCCUCGCCACUACCCGGAGGAAACCCCGGAAGUGCAAGCGGCGCGUUUCCAGCACCUCCUCGCCCACGCUUCUGUCCAUGAAGAAGACGACGAGGAGCAAUACCCCAGUUAUCACGACGGGCCUUAUCACAUCCCUGUUAUCACGAAAAAAGGGGUCCCGGUGGACACCCCCGAAGUGCGCGAAGCCCGCCAACAACACCUCCUGGCGCAUCAGUUGGCUAAAGUGGGAGUGAGGUAUGCUGGGGGUUAUUCGCAUUAUAUUCCAGUAAUCGCCCCCGAUGGAACUCCUUUUGACACCCCCGAGGUGUAUGUUGAGAGGGUGAGACAUGAGGUGGCCCAUCAGGAGGAGAGAACCAAACAGUAUGAGGAGGAGUUUGAGUGUUAGGGAUUUUAGCUUCAGACUGCCGUGUGUGGUAAUUUUUGUUCAAAAUAAAUAAGAUUGUAACAGUUUUUUGUUGAAUAAAAAAUUUUAACUUG